UGUGACAAUGUUUGCGUGACUAUCGCGUGAAUAAAGCCGUUCCCGGUCUUGUUACUUACAUAUCUCAAGCAGAAAACGGUUUUCUUGGAGAUACAAGGACCUCUAAAACCCGGUAAGUUUAAUUUAGUUCACAAUGUCAUACAAAGAAGCAAAUGAUGUGUUAACCUACUGGUUUGGAGGUGGUGUUAUUUCAAAGAGACCACGAUGGUUCGGAGGCGGAGAAGAAGCAGCGCAAGAAAUACGAGACAAGUUUGAAACGUUGGUUGAGAAAGCAAGAAACGACGAACUAAAACACUGGGAAAAUGACCCCAAAGCAACUCUAGCAUUGAUUAUUUUACAGGAUCAAUUCCUUCGCAGUUUGCACAAGGGUAGCCCUGUUGCCACAUCAAGGGAUCUCUACUGUCAAGAACUCGCUGAAAAGUUCAUACAACGUGAUACCCACGACCACUUGAAGUUCAGCCCUGCUGCAAGACUUUUUCUUUAUCUUCCACUCGAACACAGUGAGGAUAGAGGGAAACAGGAGCUUAGCGUUCAGCUUUUUGCUCAGUUAGAGAAAGACACCAAAGGCACUGAAGAGGAGGCCGCUGGGAAAGGAUGGUAUCAGUUUGCAUGUCUUCACAAGGAAGUCGUGGACAGGUUUGGUCGCUUUCCACAGCGAAACAAAGUUCUGGGCAGAGAGAACACACCAGAAGAAGAAGAAUGGCUAAACAACUUACCUGUCAAGUUCAAAUGGUGAAGCAUACUUGGAGUACUACUGAACUGUCCACCGGUUUUGGUCAUACACCUUGAAAAAUGCCCCGAUCAGCUCGAAAUUUCAAUGUUUGAUUGAUCCUUUGGUUCACAUUCUCUCCCUCCCUUUCAGCUGGGACAAAACUGAAGGGUUAAUGUACGGUAUUCUGUUUACGGAACUUCUUUUUUUUUAAGUCACGUUUCUCAUCAUGUCAAUAACGAUAAGUUGUCAGUAACAUUCUUCUUAUUGGUCACGCAAUCUUUCCCUCACGAGGAAAGAUUGCGCGACGGACGUGGAACAAAAUCGCGUUUGAGGACGUGAAAUCUUCGUGCAGGGGAAUUGAAUUUUGAAAGUUCAAAGUUUGAGCGGGGUUAAAUUAAAUAUAUUCAUACAAUGUUUAUUCCUUUUUUUUUAGUUAGCUCACCGAAUUCAUCGAUGAACAAAUGUAUUCCAAGUUGAGGAACGUUCUAAUCGAAAAAAUAAAAUGUUUUCAUC